AUGGUCAUGAGCAGCAACAACAACAACAGUAAUAAUAACAAUAACAUAUCUUCUCCUUUGAAGAUCAAUAAAGCCUCUUAUCACAUCAAAAAAUUACCAUCUUCUUCCUCAUCGUCCUCGUUAUACAACGCGGUCGCGGCCACUACCUCAACGACCUUCAUCCCUCAUCAUCAACAACAACGUCAACCGGUUAUCAUCUACACUCAUUCUCCAAAAGUCAUCCACACGCAUCCGCGUGAUUUCAAGGCAUUGGUCCAAAAACUCACUGGUCUUUCUCCUGAAGAGGUCUCUUCGCAUUCUCAUCAUCCGCCCCAAUCAAUGCCUAUGCCUCAAUAUCAUCCUAAAUCCGAGCCAAUAAACGAGGAAAUGGAUCACGAUCAUGAUCCUAUAUCGGGUGCUGAAAGCUGUUUUGGAGAUCUCCGACUUGGUGAUGAAGAAAAUAAUUAUCAUCGUACUAAUAUGACAAAUAUUAAUACUAAUACUAAUGAGAAAUAUGAUUUAUUGAUGAAUGAUGACAAUGAUUCGGUUGUCACGGAUGAAAAUAACGGAAGCUCUUGUAUAGGAGAUAAUUCAUCAGCUUCUUGUUAUGUUCCACCUCCUCCAAUUUUUGAUCUACCUAAUAUUAAUGAUUAUAAAGAUACUAAUAGUGAUUUUAGUAAUUAUAAUUACAAUAAUAAUAUUAAUAAUCUUAGUGAUUCUCCAAGUUUUUUUGAUAAUAAUUUUGCACCUUUUGAUCCUAAUCCAAUUACUAAUUCGUCUGAUUAUUUUUUCUCAGAUCAGCAAUUUUGUAACUAUACCGAUUCUUUAUUUUUUAUGCCUAGUAUGAGAAACUCCUUUUCUUCAUCCUCAUCAGAAAGUAUUAAAGAGCUUCCAGAUUUUUGA